UUCCACAAAAAGUUAACCAAAUCCAGUAUUUUUAGUAUUUUUACUUAAAUAAAUCUUUUAGAUUCCAUGUGAAUGUAGUAGUAGUUGUUGCAAAUGUAAGUACAAAAAAAGAAUUAGUCAAUGUUACAGUAAUAACAGGAAUUAAGAUCGUUAAAAAAUGUGAAUGCGUUAAAACUAAUUGAAAAUAUAUAAAUAAUGAACAAGAUAAAUAAAAGGAUACCUGGUAUCUUGCCGCCGCCGCCAAAAACAGAAAUCGAUGGAAAAAUCACCGAUCUAUCGUUAAAAACUAUUCCUGAGUUGCUCGAACUACGAGAUAGACAAAUUAAGUUAUUAAACAAUAAAAGUUUUAUAUCUAAACUAAGUGAUAAAGGUGCUAAAAUACAGAUUUUGUACGAUAAAAUCUUAUCCGAAUUAAAAGCGAAGCAAGAGGAAGAAGAUGCGUGUCGGAUGUUCGAAAAUAUGAAACUGAAUGGAAUUGACAAACAAUCCGUACAAGAAUUAGAAUGGACAGGUACAAUUAAACAAUCCACAGAUUUAGAUUCAGAUGACGACAGUGACCCUGAAGAUGUCCUAAAAAUCUUGACUCAGAACUCAUUCCAUGAGAAAAAAAUUAAGAUUUUAGAACCUGAAAAACUUUCGAUAACCCCUGAAGAUCUAAUCAAGAUAGAUGAGAUCCCCCACGUAAGAUAUAUAGUUAACAAAACGGAACACAACACCAAAGCCAAAGUAACGAGACAGUUUAAGCCACACAAGACCACAAACACAGAUGUCCACGACCCAGAAAAGGAAAUACAAAGAGGAAAGAACAAAUGUAAAAAAUGGGAGGUGACUGCUGCCACACCUCCUCCUACAAUACAUGGGCCAGCAAAAAUAUUAUCAAUAGAAGACUCAUUAAAACUUCAGCAAGAACAUAACUUACGUCUUAAAGAGGUGAAUGCAUUACAUGCAGCUGAGAGGCUGGCUUCAAUGGCUGGAGUCAAAAUGAGUCAGCUGCCAUUGGAUUUAUCAAGGUUUGGUUCAUACCGAGACACCAAUAGUGAUGAUUAUGAGUCUGAUGCUGAGGGCAGUGACAAAGAAGUUCAUGAUGAGGAGCCUGAGAAAGGAGGUGUCAUUUUUACCAUAAUGAAAUAAUAUAUAUACUAAGUUCUAGAACCAAGUACUCUCAUGAGAGCUUAGUUAGACUUAGACUUUCAUGGCUCAUGCCAGUCCUCAUUUUUAUAAGGGAUCAAAAUAGCAUGAAAACGACUGGAUUGUAAUUUAACUGUGUACUUACUGAUUUAAUGUAUAAUAAUAA